GGAGUGUCUUUCUCCUGAAAUCAGUGGAGCAGUCGGUCACCUAGGCAAGAGCUCAGUACUAUGGAGAGCUCCUUAGCCUGGCUGUAUGUUGACCAGCUCCCAUGGGCUCUCCUCUGCCUCUGGCAACUGUCUCCAGGGAACUCCCAUUGGGAGCUCACUCAAGUGUCCCCUUCCUGCUCGAGCCAACGGAUCCAGCACCCCACAGGCCCCAGGUGUGUCCUCUCCAUCCCCAUCCUGUGGGAGACACGGAGCCAGAACAACCCAGCGGAGUCCGUUGAGCCCCAGAUCUGACCGCAGAAGAGCCGUUGGGGACCUUUCCCUGGGGUGGCAGGGAUGUCAGCAGCAGUAAGCCACCCAGAAAUGUGGAACAAGCAUCAUAGAAAGCAGCUGCUGAGAGCCCAGUAUGGACGAGGCUCCUGAACAGAAGGAAGGCAGCCUGGGCCGUGUGAAGAAUUACCAGAGAGAGUAAGUAGGUCAACAUCUCCAGGGAGCCUUCAGGAGACAGCACUCGUGUCUGAGCCCAGCUGAAGGCAGCUCUAGGAUCUGAGUGUAGAUGCCCCAUCCCAGUACCCAGGCAUGGGCCCCUACCAGGCCAGCCUUGAGCAUUGGCCCCAGCACCCUGCUAUUUCUACUAACCCUGGCCCCAUCUUCCCUCUGUCUGUCCCCUGAGAAGGAAAGAUGGGCUCUCCCCGGGAAGGAGAGUUUAGGGCUAAGAGGCUCCCAGGCUGGGGAGCCCUGGACCCCCAGAGCAGGAGACAGCCAGCAAAAGACCAGCCCUGACCUUGGAAGCAAGGAGCUCAGGUUUCCAGACCAACAAGGCCGAAGGGGGCCAAGACACACCUGCGGGCAGAAAGAGUUUUCGCCAGGCUCUGAAUCACAGCAGCAUGUCUUUGGCAGUGGGACCAGCCUAACCAUCCUCAGUCAGCCCAAGGUGACCCCCACCAUCCAUGUCUUUGCUCCAUCCCAAGAUGAGCUAGCCACCAAUAAGGCCACCCUCGUGUGUCUCAUGAGUGGCUUCUACCCAAGAACAGUGGAGGUGGCCUGGACCAAAGAUGGUUCCCCCGUGUCCCAGGGUGUGGAGACCACUCCCAGCUCCCGCCAGAGCGACAAGUACUCAGCCAGCAGUUACCUCUCAGUCUCUGCUGACCAGUGGCUGUCAGCCAACACCUUCACCUGCAAGGUCACCCACGAUGGCAAGGUCAUCCAGAAGGAGCUCUCUCAGAGCCAGUGCACUUAGAUGCCCACAUCUCUCCUGCACCCCUCCCUCUCUCCCCACACAUGGGCUUCCCCAGCUCAUGCUCCCCUCUCCUUGCUUUCAAUAAACAUC